AUGAAGACUCUUCUCUUGCCAGUACUGUUCGUUGGAGGUCUAGGUGCUGUCGCUUCGGCGACGACCAUCUCUGUCGACACCAAUAAGCGGCUGCAGUUGAUUGAGGGCUUCGGAUUCUCCCAGGCAUUCACACGCGCAGGUCAGUUUCAAAACGCCAGUAGCAAUCUUCAAAAGCAGGCUUUAGAUUUUCUAUUCAGUACAGAGACUGGUGCUGGCUUCAGUAUCAUUCGGAACUGGAUUCCAUCGGCGUCUGCAUACACAAUUGAACCAAAUGCUCCCAUUUCCUCUACAAGUCCACCCGAAUAUGUGUGGGAUAACGAUGAUGACGGACAAGUGUGGUUUACCAAGGAGGCUAUCAGCUACGGCGUGCGAACUAUAUAUGCGGAUGCCUGGAGCGCUCCUGGGUUCAUGAAGACGAGUGGGAACGAAUCAACCCCUGGCUACCUUUGUGGAACACCGGGCCAUGAUUGCUCAACGGGAGAUUGGAGGCAAGCAUACGCCGACUAUCUGGUCCAGUAUGUCAAAUUCUACGAGCAAGAAGGGAUGGAAAUCACACAUCUAGGUUUUCUGAAUGAACCGAACUUUUUACCCGACUACUCGCAGAUGCAGAUCAGCCCUAAUGCCACGGAGGCAAUCUCAUUUAUCCCUAUGCUCUACAAGGCGGUCAAAGAUGCCCAGUUGAAGACCAGGAUCACAUGCUGUGACGCUGUGGGUUGGGACGUACAGUCGAACUACACGGAUGUACUCAUGGCGGCUGGCAUGGACCGCUAUCUAGGCGUGAUUACCUCGCAUAUGUAUUCUUCAGAUCCUACCUACCCGUUGGCUACUCGCCUUCCGACAUGGCUCUCAGAGGCUGGAUUCAGUGGCCGUUUUACCACAGUCUGGUAUGAGAAUGGCAGUGUUGCGGAAGGGUUCACCUGGGCGAACAAGAUCGCAACAGGCAUCGUUCACGCGAAUCUCUCUGCAUACUUAUACUGGGAGGGGUUCGAGAUCAACCAAACUCAGUCUGGCAGCCAUCUCGUGGACGUGAGCGGAAAUGAGGCACUCCCAUCCUCCAUACUCAAUGCCUUCACGAUGUGGGCUCGUUUCAUUCGUCCCGGUGCGCUCCGUCUCGCCACGAGCGAAUCCCCAUCUGAGGUGAUCACUGCUGCUUUCGAAAAUCUGGACCAUUCAAUCGUGGUGGUUGUUACGAACGGCGGGUCUUCGGCGCAAACCAUCAAAAUUCCACUCUCUGGGAACAGGAAAUCUACCAGUGCAUGGCUUACUGACAACACCAACCAGGUCGCCUCGACCUUAGCCAAGGUUCAUGGCAACAUGGUGGAGAUAACUGUUCCUAGCCACGGUGUAGUGACUCUCCAGAUUAGGUGA